ACACCACAUCACCCUCUCGAACUUUAAGACGUCAUGUCUGCCAAAAUCGAGAAGACAAUACAGCGACAGAAGGAGAGAAUCGCAGAAGGACAAUACUAUGAAGCCCAUCAACAGCUCCGCGUAAUCGCAUCCCGCUACACCAAAGCCCAAGACUGGGCUUCCGCGACCGAUAUCCUCUUUCGCGGCGCACAAUCGCUCCUGCAGGCAGGCCAAGGCGGCUCCGGCGGCGACCUCUGCAUCUUCCUGCUCGAUGUCUUCAACAAAAGCGAGACCAAGCCCGAUGCAAGCAGCAAAGGCAAGCUAAUCACCCUUCUCCGCGCCUUCCCGGCAAAUGAACCUACGAAGAAGAAGUUUGUCGCUGAGAUGGUCGGCUGGAGCGCAAAGUAUGGUGAUCAUCCCGCCGGCGACCCGGAAAUCCAUCACGUCGCAGGCAGCGCAUAUGCUGAAGAUCUCGAGCCCUAUGACGCUGAACGCCACCUCAUCCUCGGCACAAAAGAUUCCCCGGAAACCCUCGCCAACCUCGAAUACGCCUGGUACAUGGCUGACGACUCACAUACCGCCCCACUCUACACCGCGCGCGGUGUCCUUCCCUACUUGCUCGCAGGCAACUUGCGUGCAGCGAACAAAUUCUUCCUACUCUUCACCAGCCGGCUAUCCUCGAAGCCCGGGCUGCAAACCCAGCCAGUCUCGACCUCAGCCUCAGACCUACGCGUGUACCCUUCCAUGCCGUUGUUGAACUUCCUGGGGCUGCUGUUGCUGAGCGUGGAGCGUGGCGAUCCGAGCUUGUUCCGGCAGCUGAAGAGCCAUUAUGCGGCGCAUUUGAAGGAUGUAAAUUGGGACGAAGCGCUGGAUCAGAUUGGUGAGAUGUACUUUGGGAUCAGAAUACCGAAGCAGGGAAACCCCAUGUUUGACAUGCUAGGGAGUAUGUUUGGAGGGGGAAUGGGUGGGGGCGCGAAGAAGCCGGCGAGUGGGAGCAAGACGCUCCCACCAACUGGAGGGUUGGACUAGGUGGUCAGGGGGCGUAAGCUGUGCGUGUGGAUAGGCGUGACGUGACAGUUACAUACCAAUGUUCAAAAAUUUGCAUCAC